AUGAGGGCUGUGAAGAUGGUGAAGGAUUCAAAAAGAAGUGUUUAUGACCAGAUUCCUUCUUGGAUAGAACAGGAGCGAGCCUAUGCAGUGGCAUCUUUGAAGACUUCUCUCCCAUGUCUCUAUCAGACUCUUGGUUUAGAAGAUGAAGGUUUGUGGCGCACUUUUUCUCAGAGCUCUGUGUGUGAGCAAGACUUCCCAUCUGCUAUUGUAAAAAGAAUUUCUUUAUUUCAGCAGGUACUUGUGGUCCAAGCUCUUAGACCAGACAGGCUGCAGAGUGCUAUGGCUCUUUUUGCAUGUAAAGCCCUAGGAAUAAAAGAAUUGUCUCCAUCACCUCUGAAUCUGAAACGUCUGUAUAAAGAGACUCUGGAAACUGAGCCUAUAUUGAUAAUUAUUUCUCCUGGUGCUGAUCCUUCUCAAGAAUUGCAAGAACUUGCCAGUGUUGAAAGAGAUACUGAGUGCUACCAUCAGAUUGCAAUGGGCCAAGGUCAGGCUGACCUAGCUAUUCAGACUUUGAAAGAAUGUGCACGCAACGGAGAAUGGCUGUGUUUAAAGAAUCUGCAUCUUGUCAUACCUUGGCUUCCUGUAUUAGAAAAGGAACUGAAUACACUGCAGCCUCAACCAAACUUUCGCCUUUGGCUUACUACUGAAGUUCAUCCAAAAUUCACUCCAAUUUUGCUUCAGUCAAGUCUGAAAAUAACCUGUGAAGCACCUCCAGGCCUCAAGAAGAACCUCCUACGAACCUAUGAAUCUUGGACACCUGAACAAAUUAAUAAAAAGGGAAAUUUGUCUCGAGCCCAUUCUCUCUUUUGUUUAGCAUGGUUUCAUGCUGUAUGCCAAGAAAGAAGAAAUUACAUUCCUCAGGGUUGGACCAAGUUUUAUGAAUUUUCUUUAUCUGAUCUCCGUGCUGGUUUUGACAUUAUUGAUAGACUCUUUGAGGGAUCCAAAGAUUUUCAGUGGGAAUUUGUUCAUGGCUUGUUUGAAAAUGCAAUUUAUGGAGGCCGCAUCGAUAAUUACUUUGAUAUGAAGGUUCUUCGGUCCUACUUGGAGCAGCUUUUCAAUUCAAAUGUCAUUGGCAAUUUUAAUGCUAGAGGCAGGAAGAUGACUAGUUUCCUGCAUUCAAUCUCUUUACCAAAUUCUUGCAGUAUUUUGGAUUAUCGUCAUAUUAUUGAAAGCCUUCCAGAAGAUGAUAAACCUGACUUUUUUGGUCUACCUGCUAAUAUUGCUCGUUCAUCACAACGUAUGAUCAGUUCCCAGGUCAUUUCACAGCUUCGGAUCCUGAGCAGGUCAGUAAGUGCUGGCUGCAAAUUUGACAGAGAAAUAUGGUCAGCUGAACUUUCACCUAUUCUCAGCCUAUGGAAGAAACUUAAUCAGAAUUCUAACCUGAUUCAUCAGAAGGUGACUCCUCCAGUGGAGCGGCAAGGAUCUCCAAUCUUAUCGUUCAUUACUCUUGAACAAUUUAGUGCUAUUCGCCUUGUGCAAAGUGUCCAUCAGUCACUUGCUUCUUUAAGUAAAGUCAUUAGAGGUACCUCAUUACUGAGUUCUGAAGUACAAAGGCUUGCAAGUGCUCUGAUAAAUCAGAAGUGUCCUCUCACAUGGCAAAGCAAGUGGGAAGGUCCAGAAGAUCCUUUACAAUAUAUUAGAAGUCUUGUAGCUCGAGCACUUGCCAUACAGAAUUGGGUAGAAAAAGCAGAGAAGCAGAAACUACUGUCAGACACCCUGGACCUUUCAGAGCUAUUUCAUCCAGAUGCAUUUCUCAAUGCCUUACGCCAGGAGACUGCAAGAGUAAUGAGCUGUUCAGUGGACAGCCUCAAAUUUACAGCAUCAUGGAAAGGACGAAUACAGGAAGGCAAACUCCAAGUUAAGAUCACUGGCUUACUGCUGGAAGGCUGCAGUUUUGAUGGAAAUAGACUUUCAGAAAAUCUGCAUGACUCUCCCAGUGUGUCAUCUGUUCUCCCUUGUUACAUGGCCUGGAUUCCACAGGAUGCAUAUGGUCCAUAUUCUCCUGAGGAAUGCAUAUCUCUGCCAGUCUACACCAGCAUGGAGAGAGAUCGUGUGGUGACAAAUAUCGAUGUACCUUGUGGAGGAAACCAAGACCAGUGGAUUCAAUGUGGAGCUGCUUUAUUUUUAAAAAAUCAGUAAUAUAAGACUGCUGAAUUUCAGAACCAUUUAAACACUUCGUUUGUUCCUUGUUAGAAGAGCCCUUCAGUUUAAUAGCUCGUAUAUUUUUAAAGCAAUGGUAUAUAGAUACUUUUUUUUUUCCUUUUUGUAAACUAUCUAAAAUAAUUUAAUUCUACUUAAGUGGAACUUCUGCCAUAUUCCACUAAGAUAGAGAGAAGUUAAUGCAGCAAUACUUAGCAAACUGUUACUUUGAGUUAUUAUUUCUCUAAACUGUAACACGAUGUAUUUCUUUCUCAGAUUUUUCAGAUUCUUUCUCUAUCGUAAUGUGCAGUUUUGCCCAGUGCAAACCAAUAAACAUAAAAUAUAAAUGCAAAGCCAGUGUAUUUUUAACAGACUUUUUCAUUAUAAUUUUUGAACUGUUACUAUUCUUAAGUAACUCUUAUGACUCUGAAAUCGCAUUUAUUUAGUAAAAUAAAAUUAUAAAACUUA